GAGAGGGGGAGAAGUAAAAAGAAAGCGGGGAGAGCGGAAGGAGCGUGGGGAGAGCGCGCAAAGUGAAGGGAGAGUAAAGCGAGAGCGCCAGGAGAGUAAAAGGAGAGGCAGGGGAGAGUGUCAGGGUGAGGCCGUACACGUGAGUCACAGGCGGCGUAAUUCACACGCGACAACAUCAACAACAACAUCAUCAACAACAUCAACAACAUCAACAUCAUCAACAACAACAUCAUCAACAACAACAUCAACGACAACAUCGGCAUUGAGGGGAGUCCCUGCCGCCGCCGCGAUGGCCCUGACGAGGUAGACGAGGAGGAGGAGGAUCUGGAGCAGCAGCAGGAGGAGGAGGAGACGCGGUCAUGGGGGAGAGCUCCUCGUCCGAUGGAGACUCGGUCACUGUGGAGCUGCAGCUGCGCACCGCCAACCUCACUGGGUACGCGGAGCGCGUGGGAAUGGAGAACUUUGAACUCUUGAAAGUGCUCGGCACCGGCGCCUACGGGAAGGUGUUCCUGGUGCGCAAGGUGAGCGGGCACGACGCGGGGAAGCUGUACGCCAUGAAGGUGCUCAAAAAGGCCACCAUCGUGCAGAAGGCCAAGACGGCCGAACACACGCGCACCGAGCGGCAGGUGCUGGAGCACAUCCGCCAGUCGCCCUUCCUCGUCACGCUGCACUACGCCUUCCAGACGGACACCAAGCUGCACCUGAUCCUGGACUACGUGAACGGUGGGGAGAUGUUCACCCACCUGUAUCAGCGGGAGCACUUCACCGAGGACGAGGUUCGCGUCUACAUCGGCGAGAUCGUGCUGGCGCUGGAGCACCUGCACAAGCUGGGAAUCAUUUACCGGGACAUCAAGCUGGAGAAUAUCCUCCUGGACUGCGAAGGCCACAUCGUGCUCACGGACUUUGGGCUCAGCAAAGAGUUUGUAAUAGAGGAGAACGAGCGGGCCUAUUCCUUCUGCGGGACGAUAGAAUACAUGGCACCGGAGAUCGUGAAGGGAGGGAAUGCGGGGCACAAUAAGGCUGUGGACUGGUGGAGCCUGGGUGUGCUCAUGUACGAGUUUCUGACGGGCGCCUCCCCAUUCACGGUCGAGGGAGAAAAGAACAACCAGUCGGAGAUCUCCAAGAGGAUUCUCCGGAGCGACCCGCCCUUCCCGGGUGACAUUCGCAACCCGGUGCGUGACCUCAUCCAGAAGCUCCUGGUCAAGGACCCCAAGAGGCGUCUGGGCUCCGGCCCCGCCGGGGCGGACGAGAUCAAGAACCACGCCUUCUUCAAGUCUCUCAGCUGGGACGAUCUUGCGGCUAAGAAGGUGGAGGCUCCGUUCAAGCCGGUGAUCCGCGACGAGCUCGACGUCAGCAACUUUGCGGAGGAGUUCACGGACAUGGACCCCACGUACUCCCCCGCGGCGCUGCCCCACAACUCGGACCGGAUCUUCAAGGGCUACUCGUUCGUGGCUCCGUCGAUCCUGUUCAAGCGGAACGCCGUCACCACCGAUCCCCUGGAGCUGCAGUCGGGCUCCGAGAGGCCGGCCACCACCGCGGUGGCUCGCAGCGCCAUGAUGAAGGAUUCGCCGUUCUUCCAGCACUACGAGAUGGACAUGAAGGAGCCGCCCCUCGGGGAGGGCAGCUUCUCCAUCUGCCGGCGCUGCAAGCACAAGAAGACGGGCCAGGAGCACGCCGUCAAGAUCGUGAGCAAACGCAUGGAGGCCAACACGCAGAGGGAGAUCGCUGCCCUCAAGCUGUGCCACGCGCACCCCAACAUCGUCAACAUCAUCGACGUGUACCACGACACGCUGCACACGUAUCUGGUGAUGGAGCUGCUCAAAGGCGGGGAGCUGCUGGAGAGGAUCAAGAAGCGGUCGCACUUCAGCGAGACGGAAGCGAGCCGCAUCAUGCGCAAGCUCGUGUCCGCCACCUCCUUCAUGCACGACACCGGGGUCGUGCACCGCGACCUCAAGCCCGAGAACCUGCUGUUUGCGGACGAUACGGAGGGCGCCGCCAUCAAGGUCAUCGACUUUGGGUUCGCGCGGCUCAAGCCGCAGGACAACGCGCCGCUCAAGACGCCGUGCUUCACGCUGCAGUACGCCGCACCAGAGCUGCUGCAGCAAGCGGGAUACGACGAGUCGUGCGACGUGUGGAGCCUCGGCGUCAUACUCUACACCAUGCUGUCUGGGCAGGUGCCCUUCCAGAGCCACGGGCAGCCCAUGACCUGCAGCUCGGCCACCGACAUCAUGAGGAAGAUCAAAGAGGGAGACUUCUCCUUCGAGGGGGAAGCCUGGCAGAAUGUGUCGCAGGCCGCCAAGGAUCUCAUACAGGGGCUCCUCACGGUCGACCCCAGCAAGCGCGUGAAGAUGAGCGGCCUGCGCUACAACGAGUGGCUACAGGAUGGGAGCCAGCUCUCCUCCAACCCGCUGCUCACACCCGACGUCCUCGUCUCCUCCGGCUCCUCCGUCAACACCUACUUCAAAGCCACGUUCCACGCCUUCAACCAGUGCAAGCGCGAGGGCUUCUGCCUGCAGAAGGUGGACAAUGCUCCGCUGGCAAAGCGGCGCAAGAUGAAGAAGAGGAGCACAAGCACGGAGACGAGGAGCAGCUCCAGCGAGAGCUCCACCUCCUCCUCCUCGCAGCCCCACGGCGAGUCUCCUGCUCGCCACGAUCAUCAUCAUCAUCUUCGUCACCCACCUCUUCCCCGUUUCACCUCCUCCUUCUCCCAGCCUCACGCCACGCCGAAGGUGGUGAAGUUCAAGGACAAGUCUUAAAGGGCCCGUCGAAAAGAAAGAACGCCGAACAUUUGACUCCCGCUCGGCGAGCGGCGGGGGGGGAGCCUGCGGGCCCCCCCGCCGCGGAGGGACGCGAGCGAAGCGCGGAGUCGGCGAAGCGUGGAACUCUCCUCCCCCUCCUACGCCCCUCCCCCCAGCACUUUACACGCCCCACGGCCAUCAGGAUCCCCGUGCUGUCCACACAGACGGCCCCUGGGCAGCGUGGGCAGGUGGAGCGCAGCGCGCAGCCUGCGUCCCGCCGCCCCCGCUGUGCUGCCCACGCCUCUGUGCGAAGAGCCGCUGCUGCGAGCCGGUGCUGUUGACUGCCGCCGGUGGUGUUGACGACCACCGCCGGUGGCUUUGACUACCGCCGGUGGCUUUGACUACCGCCGGUGUGAGUGAGAGUGACCGGCGGUGUGAAGUGCCGGCGUGCGAGUCGCCCCACCGGGUGUCAACGCCGACGAGUGCGAAGCGCGGGGUCCGUUCGUGGCGCCGCCCGUCUCCCGGCGGCGCGCACCGCGAGGACUGGGCCGCCCACGUUCCGCGCCCGGGCGCUCUACGUCGAACCGCGGCUGGAGGACUUCAUCCUGGUUCCGAUCUCUCGAUGCUUCCACGGAGGGGUCCGGUGGCCCCCGACGGCGACGACGUACGCCGCUCCGUAGCUCCCGGUGGCCCCGGUUGGCGCUUUGCUGCAAACGGGGUGAGGCCGACGACGUGUACCCUGGCGCUGACACGCGGGGGCGGGGAGGUAACGACUUCGGCUUUUAAGAUGCGAAGAAUGACCUCGGCCGUUGUUUUUUGAAUGUUCCACAAAAAUGAUACGAAAAGAGGUUGCUGUGCAGAGCUGUAUUUUUCUAAGGGUAUUUAAUUUGUUUUACAGAACGAAAUAUUUUGAGCGUUACAGAAGCUCCCCUCCCCCCGUGACUGCUGACAUGCGAAGCAUUACCUUGUUUUUAGAAACCUAUUAAUUUAAUCGCUUUGGAGAGCUCUGGUUAAAAGUCGCGGGUUGGUAUUUACCGGCGCGUUUCGUAUUUUAUAUUCCGAUGCGCGACUUUCACCGUCGGCGUUCGCGCAUCGGUCGUUGAUGUCGCACACGAGGUUACGAGACGGUCGACCGUGGCAUGGCACCCCGAGCGCUGUUCACCACGACGGGAGUUGAGAAGUCGUGCGCUCGCCACGCUUGGUGACGUCGAUUCUGAGAGAACCGGGGCCGACUCGCGCUCUCCCGUUCGCUCGCUCGACUCAUCGACUUGCUCGCUCGCUCGCUAAUUGACUUGUUCACUAACUCGCUCAAUCUCGCGCUCACUCGUCGAUUCACUCGCCUGGCGUCUCGCUCACUGGUUAAACUAAAGCACCGAGGCGCAUCUCGCCACGGGCCGAGUGCAUCAGCCAAGAGCUGGUCAUCGGACAGGAGAUUACAAAAUCCCUCAUGUCUGGGAUCAUCACCUGGGGGGGAGGGCUCGUUACCUGGAAGCUCACGGGCCACAUCUGGCACAAGAAGGCCGUUCGGAGCGGCUUCUACGAGAUAAGGUGCGGCGAGAGAGAUGAGCAUGAGAUGGAGAGAGAGAGCCGCAGACAAGAUGAAAGAUGAGUGAAAUCAAAGUGGCAUAGACGGACGAGAGGUGCGGGACGAGAUGGCGGUCUGGCGAGGUGAAACGCGCGAGAGAGCUGCCAGACGGAGAGGCAAGAGAUCAGCGGUCGCGUCCGUAACCGUCACAACUUGGCGGCAACUUGGCGGCAUUUUCGCACGCGACGCCGUGGCACGACCGCGGCCUGCCCAGCACACGCUCGGUUCGUGGGGGGUGCGGACCCGCCGGACAAUUUUGAUGGAUUAAGCCCCCUGACCUAUAGCGUUACGGUACAAACUGGUCCAUGGCCAGUCUAAUAACUGUGGGUGGGCGUGCAUGUCGCACUAGGGGGUGGUGGUGGUGAAUAAUGCCGAGGGCUAGCCGGUCAUCUGGCUGUGAUGCAGCGAAAGAAGCGGGUGGCUCCCACUCGGAAUACUCGGGGAGUAGAGUUCGGAGUGUGGCACAGUCUCCGCCAAAGGUUUGAUCUUGUUUGGAAUUUUUUUUACGAAUGUGGGGGUGUCUCCUCGUUGUAAAUUUUUUUUUAUAUUCCUUCCCAUGUGGUGAACACUCAAGGUUUAUUGGCAAAGCUUCUGGUACUUGCUUAAAGCGCGCGAAGGCGCUCACAUCGGUGGCAGUAAAUCACAUACGUCAACUUUCGUUGAGCAACCUUUGCCGAGGCCCCCUAAGGAACGCACAAAUCUUGCUCACGGGCCACCCGUUUUUACACCCUACCAGAGCAUGGGCAAAAAGUGCGCAAGUUUUUUUUUUAGGUCGCACGUUCAGAUUGGUGCUUUCCGGGUGGCCGUGCUUAAAAACAGGCGGCCAAACAUAGCCGCCUUGCACCAUUACCCAAACGCCACGGAUCUCACGGGCGCAGCGUGCGGCUGUGAGCAUCGUCGGGAAACUGGGGACAGCUGGGAAGUUUCGCAACGAAAAACGUGGGUUCUUGUAUCCUGCGCGUGGAACAACAACGGCAUCGUCAUCUCGCAUGUAACCGCCGUUAAGAGUCGGCGCUGACCCAACACCCCCCUCCCCCCCCCCCCCCCGUGUUGGUUUCUUUGCACGCGCCACGACACUGUUCCUCUUGAGGACGUUGCCUCUGCGGGGACCGGCAGAGACUCCGCGGCCCCGCACACAAGUGGGGGGUGGGGGUAGUGCCCAGUGCCAAGGCUCCACCUCUGAUUAGCACGGUUGGCUAUGUACGGUGUGAAAGAAGUUCAAGUUCAGUGUACAUACGUACGUACAAUCAAUGUGAUGACCGUACACUUCAGUUCUAAUCGUUGCACUGACACUUUACACCACUGCCCCUCCGCCUCCUGUUUGCCCUGCUUUUUUGAGUCGGGGCCUUCUGGCAAAAGCGAUCUGCUCAUCCGCCGCAGCCUUUACGCAUGCACACACGGUCAGUUAAAAGCCCUGCUGCAGGCUUGCAUACACCUGGCACACUGCAAUAGGAGCAGCUGACUUGUCUUUCCGGAGACGUUUUCCACAGAGCCGCAAAUGUAAACUCGCCGACCGGCCGCCGAUUAAAGGCGCGAGGUGUCCGGGUCCGCUCCUAAUCCACAGCGUGCUUUUCCCCGGGUCGGGCUGCGUGUUGAGCUUUUACCCCUCAACUUUUUUGUUUUUGUGCCACGCACGACUCAACCGUGGGCACCUUCACGUAAUUCGAGCCCUUGUGGGUGCCCCGUCGUAGCCCGCAAUCGGCGGCGCGUGGCAAAAGCUCGAGGGAAGAAGUUGAAUAGGCGCGGACCGACCCUGAACGCCGCACGUGGAUCAGCUGGCCGCGUUUAGGUGUCGUGAAGGCUUUUUUUUUUCUAAACAAGGCCACGGGACUCUCCCUCUUUCACCCACCGCCUCUGCGUGGCUAACCGGAGCACCCGAGUCCUUUCGGUUGAGGCUGAUCGAGCGCCGCUCCACGAGUUGGCGGUCGUGCCCGGUGCCUGGCGGGCACCGGCGUGGUAUGGUAGUGCACGCUUUUCAUGGCUUUACUUGAAACACGGGGCGGCACAGACGUCAGGAUUUUACCGGUGCACGACUCGAGCACUUGAACAAGGGCUUACGCUGUCGCUUGCCGCCUAGCUCCGUCGUAUCCUUGGGGUUUUUAUCGGUGGCGGCGGCGACAUCGCACGUUUAAAGCGAGGAUUUUCUUUUUUUAGCGCCUGUUCCUGGCGGGCAGUCCGAGUAAUACUGCUGAGCACUGUGCAUUGGCGACGCGCUUACAAGAGACUAUCACGUCACUGUGAUUAUUUGAAACAACCCUUUUAAAUCCAGUCUUGCCGUGCAGACGCCGGCACGCCCCUUCCACGCGUACGUUUGUGGCGAGUCGUGGGAGGCCUGGCGUUUUUCUGCAUUUUCUUGACGUUGGCAAUAUUCUUGGGGCAGACGGCCCGAUUUUACCGCGUCUAGUGAGGCGCGACCCGUGGCGUGACCCCUGCACGCGCGUCCCCGUAAAUCCGCGCGUUGGCGGACGGAGCGUUUCCUGCACAAAGCCGUGUGUUGUCGUGUACUUUUUAAAAGCCUUCUGAAGCUUGUUUUUUGGUAAGGCCGGUGGGGACGGGGGUGGGAUGUUGCCUGAGAGUCGGAAGAACGUCACGUAUCCCAGAAGACCCCUUCGAGGCGUUGAGCUCGCACUGUGCCCGUGCCAGGUUUAUUUAUUGAAAUGCAACGAAGCCUCCGAAAAGGGGAAGGGGUCGACCGACGUCUCCGGGCUCCCUGCCGCCGCCUCCUCCUGCUCGGCCCAGCCGACUCUCCGCUCUGUCGAACCGCGGGUUGGAUGAGGACAGCGAGAGAUCGAAAAUAUGCAUCGUGCGCAAGAGAGAGUUUUGUUUUUUUAAUGAACGCGUUCGAACAGACUGCCCGACGAGGCUUCCUCGCGAUUGGUGCCGUCGACGCGCGAACGGUGGGGGGUGGGGGGGGUGGGAGAUCCACGCACAAGCACGACCGUCGUCCCUCGUGUCGGUUUUUACGACCGUUUGUCGUCGAACAAUAUGAAUUGGCAAUCCUGUGACGGUUGUUUGCCCGCGGAAAAGGAACGAUCUUUAAAUGUUUCGUAAUGGCAUGCGCACCCAGUGGGGAUUUUGUCCGAGGAUGAGCGGCGUUUGUUGGGUCGGCAUUGUUAAGUUAUUGUAUGGGCUGCUGUGUACUAAAUGAGGGAUGCUGUAUGCGGAGUGUUGCACGUGGAGUUUUGAAGGUCAGCGGGACCGGUCGCAACUGCAAGUGAACCGUUGACCACUUCUCGUCCUUCCAUCUCGAAAGAUCUUCACACCGGAGGACGGAUAUCCACCAGCGUUUACCCGUGUUAAUGGCAGCUUUGGCGAGCCAAGCAAAUGUUUUUGUAGACUUUUCAAAUGGACUUUUUUUAUUUCCUGAAACAAAUAUUUCCGACUACUGUACCACCAGCAAUAGGGAUGGCUGCCGUGUGGAAUCGCCUGAAUCUCCGAUAGCAGUGGGUCGCUGCACCAAGCGCCAUGACGAUCCAUUGCGAUGAAUCUCGACGGGACUCCCGCAGUGAUGCACCAGAAAGCUUUGACCAACAAUAGCCACUGUAGACUUCAGACGUGAAGUACUAGCGCCAUCCAUUGGUGGACGUUUUUACCGUAUUUUAACAUUUGAAUUCAUAGGUAUUUUCUAUUAAAAAUCUACGAUCUGCCUGUGGAUCAUGAUCCUCUUACUGGCCACCGCCGAUCUAAAAGUGGCUCUCCGCUUUUUAAAACUUUACCGCAAUUUCUCUUUUUGCCGCUCUGUUCUGCUGUACGCGUCACCGAACCGGCGAUGCGUACGGGGCGGGGGGGGGGUUCGGGUUUAAGUAUCUCGCCGAAACCACGGCAGCGUCAAGACCACGCGGCAGCCGCCCCUUAUCUCGUUCCGAGACUCAAUCGCUCAAGAAACCGAGACAAUCAAAGUGGCCGCAGCAACGCGUCGACCUUCGCUUAAAUGUUGACUUGCUCUGGGUGACUUUGUGUGGAGCGCCAACUUCCUGUCCUCGUUGCUCUGUUGUGCACACACAACAGAGUAAUCACGGCUUUACACGUCCCACUUUGUGUAUUAAUUCCGGGGUCGCUGGUAAACUGGCACCUGGUGCUUGUAGCCAGAGCCAAAGUUAGAGAGGUGCUCCUGACCUAGAUGUGGUGUUGCCGGAGGUAGAAAUUAUUUUGGGCAGAAUUGGCUGACAACAAGGCUCGCGCACUGUAAAACAUCCGUAUGACCUGUGGCAUUCGUAAUCAGAAAAUGUAUUUAUACUGGAGGAAUCCGAUGAGCUAUAAAGCUAUUUUUCACAGAUGACCAGUAGGGGCGGCUAAGAACGUCACAACAACAAAACAAAAACAUGAUCAUAGUGCAAUGUACAAGAAAGGUAAACAAAAUCGCCCAAAAAAACAAAUAAAACUAAACCAUUCCCAUCCUACUAGGCAAUGCCCACCGAGGUAUUCACUCGUUUGUUAGAAGCGACCUGGCCACAAAUGAUAGCUCAACAAUGUGGCCCAUCAUUUGGACAUUUAUAGCAGCAAAAUUAAUCUAAAUAAUUCGUGUGUUUCUUAAUGUGGAGUGUCCAAGGCGAGCUGGUAAUGAAGGUGGACAUUGUGCAUCAUCUCCGCCCAGCCUCUCGCGCAGUGGGGCUCUUCCUCAAAUCCUAACUUCAAACCUAAUGAAGUAUAUAUCCUUACGCUCACAUCAACUGAUAUUUAAAGUGCUAUUUUAAUUGGUCUUUAUACAAACGGUCCACAAGUUAGUCUACGUUUAAAGUUGGUAUCGCGAGAGGUGUCUCACCGGCUUUUGGAGGCCUUCAUCCAGCAGUGGGUGGCAGGGUGGUGGCAGCAGCAGUGAUGACACUUGAGCCUCCUCACAGUUCGAAGCGCCUGGGUUCGAUUCCCGCAUUGGGGAGAAUUCCUGUGUGGAGUUUGUGGUUCUCCCCCUGUUCUGCAUGGGUUUUCUCCUGGUCUUCUUGUUCACCCCCCCCCCCCCACCAUCAUAGCUAAAACACAUGAUCAGUAUAACGGGUAUUGGCCAAGCAUCCCCAAUGCUGAGAAAUUACCGGCAAAUUACUUGGUUGGGACUCCACAAAGCAACGUCACCCACGACCUAUUGAAAAUUUGUCAGGACCCUCCUGAAAAGAAGAGUCUUGAGACUCACCGGGUGAGUCUCUCCCGGGUAAGCGAGGGCACUAAUCGGUGGAUUGACGUUGGAGGACGACGGUGACGAUGGCGGUGGGAGAGUUGGCGCUCUCACGAAUGGCCCUCCUGGUGUCGCCAUGCUGCAAGGGGGCAGUUGGGGAUGCCCCUCGAGCUGGUCUAGACAUUUGAAAAUUGCGUGAAUUCAUCUCGAAGCUUAAGACCAACUCGCUUAUUGUAUCGAGGCGCGUUUUACUUCCGCGUGUGGUUAUGGAGUUUGGCUCUCUCGGCGUGCAUGCGUGCGUGUGUGUACAUAGGGUGCCAUCGCUGUACGGAGAAAUGUCUCUGCCGAGUGUGCGAACGAGGGUUUUAAUGACUUUUGAGAGAGGCGGCUGCCGAAUUGUGUCGUACAAUCCUGGAUUUGACUUUGUGGCUGGGUUCGCAGCAGAGUUAUUUUAAAGUUGACAAUGUCACCUGUGACUGUCCGGUAGUAACUGCCCACCGCUGAAAACUUGAAGGCUUCCAUAACCGAGGUUUUUUUUUGGUUCAGAUCAUGUUAACAUAAAUGUGUCGUUAGGCCUACCACUAUGCGACACAGCUAAUUCUUGAGGGUUUGUCACGGAAACAAAAACGUGCCAAUUCGUUACUAGGUCAGCACACCGGUGGUGUGUUGGAGAAUGAACCCACAACAUUUACAAUUCGAGUGCUGUGACGUUUCACCGGUAAUUACAACAACAACCAGCGUUAAAUAUUAACGCGAUCUAACCCAAAUAACCCGUGUUAUGGAGGCUGCUUGUUGUUGUAAUUACUGGUGAAACGUCACGGUACUGUAAUUGUUUCUGGGUUCGAGAUCGCGUAAAUAUUUACACGAUGAAACCGAAAAAACUGUAUUAUGGAUAUUGGUCGCGAAAGCCUAGGAAACAACAACCAGCCUCAUCAGGCGACAGCCACAGAGUCGUGGAGAAAUCCUCCUCCUGUCGCUUGCACCGUUAACGUCUCGGCAACUGUUAGAAAGGCAACGGCGUAAUCUUACCCGGAUCGACUGGGUGCGGACGCGCGCCGGUGUGCAGAGAGGUGAUCUUGACCGUUUGACGUCUACUGCCCACAGCGCACGCCGGCCGUCGAGUCCGUUGAGGUUUUCCCGGCGGGGGGCGUUGCGAUGUUCGAGUCGAGUCUCUUGCGUCUGUAAAGACGACCGCAGUGGCCACACGCACAGCAGCUGGGCUCGGUCGCCCGGUGCUUGCGAUGUCCAAGGUGAGCUUCGGUCUACUUUUUGGGGGUCAGAUUUACGGCAAAGCAGGCGUUCAAAUGCGUGUGAAACUUGACCUCAAAAAUGUGCACGAGUAACCUUGUGUUUUGUAACCUUGUAUCUGCUACAAGUUACCAUUCAACAGUUAGACCAGUUGGUAUCCACAACGCUCACACAGAUACCGCUUGUUGCACUUACAGCCCCUGCUGUAAAACCCACUGCUGGAUGAGGGGGGGGUGGGGCUUGUUGUGACGAGGGUUAUUCCAGUGACUCUUCAUCACGCUGGGCGGUCCGGGUUGGUGAAGGUGACGGAACGUACAAGUGCAGUACAACAGCAAAUGUUGCCCCGCUGUGGCGCAUGUCAACCAACUUCAUAAAAACCCUUCGCGCCCAAGCUUCCGUAUGUCUCGACAAUCUAUCCGUGGUUUCCCCGCGGUUCUCGAUGGACGCCACGGUGGUGAUGUUAACGGCCUCGCCUGGUAUGCAGGAGGUCGUGGGUUCGAUCCCGAUCCUGGCGUUGCCUGCUGGAUAUUUGGAGUUUGCGUGCACUCCCCGUGGUCGCGUGGAUAUUUCUCCGGGUCCUCCGGUUUUUCCUUCCACAUUUAGAAACGUGCGUUUAGAGUAGUUGGCUGCUGAUAUACAUUUUCCACAUGAUAAGCCACUUUGAGGGGUUAUUCGUCGCCGGGGUCACUUCUGAAAAAAGAACUACAUAGCUCAGCGGGGCCUUACCUAAUAAAAAAAACCUACUUAGUCCCACUUGAGACCAUUGGGAGCUCGAUACUCGAUUGUUGACUCGAGUUCAGUGCGCCACACGCCGCAUGCUGACACUCACUCGAUCUGUGUCCACGUUGUGACGGUGCUCCAAGCGAUGCUGCAGCAACUGUCAAGCGUGCAACAACAUUUAGUCCCGUGGGCAGAGCAAGCGUCGCCCAGCACUUUAGGCCGCAAAGCAUUCGCCAUAUAAAACUAUUAAACUUGUUGUUUAUUUUAUCAGGUAAGGCCCACUGAGCUGCAUAGCUCUUUUUCAGAAGUGACCUGGCUCUCACAAAUGAUAGCUCAACGAAGUGGCUUCUCAUCAUCACGUGGCAAUGUAUAGCAGCCGAAUACUCGAAACGCAGGUUUUUCAAUGUGGAGAGAAAAACCGGAGGACCCAGAAGUAAAAUCCACACGACCACGGGGAGAAACAUGUGAACUCCAAAUAUACAGCAGGCAUCAGGGUCGAACCCACAACCUCCUGUAUAGGCGAGGUAGUUCAAGAGGUAGUUAACAUCUCACCACCGUGACACCUGCAAAAUUGGUACGGGCUUAGCUCGAUAUGAACGUUGGCCUUGCGUUCUGAAAAGUCUCAUUACAUAACCUAAGAUGCCCAUGUUCCUAACAAAUUGUUUUCUGACGCAAAAACACACAAAUAUAAACGCUUGUCAACUCGGCUAAGAUAUUUCUCCCUCAUAAAUGUGUGGGAAUAAUAAAUAACGAGACGUGUGAUUAACGAAAAAAAAACACUGCGCACCGCAAUUUACUAACCAGGAACGGCGGCGGUGCAAGUCGCGUGACGUGAAGCUGCGGUGGCGAGGGCCGGAGGGGGGUGACUGGGGUGGGUUGAGAGGGUCAGGAGGAGCCCUCUGCCUCCUGACCCUGUUGGUCAUCAAACGUAACAACGAAACAAACGGGGACGUAAAGAGAACAACAACAAUGUCCAUGUGUUAAGUGGAAUACUGUACUUUGAUAGCACCCCACUCAAUCCUAAUUAGAAAUUUUCGGUAAAGUCACGUAGGUAUAAAAUCAAUCGCGACGUUUUGAUUGCAACGAUUGCAAUCGAACGUCGUGAUUUAAUUUCUUUUAUUUUAUACCUACGUGACUUUACCGAAAGAACCAAAGAGUAACACCCCACUCAUUCUAAACGGGUUGCCACGUGAUUCACUGUUGGCCACAUAGGGAAAUUGGAACCACCUCAGGUUGAACUCGCUCGUCUGGGCUCGUGAACGACCAAUUGCAAAAGUCCCAAUAUCCCUGCCACCCUCUCAGUCCAGAGUGAAUCGUGAGGCGCGUGAUUGAAGGGAGGUUUUAUUUCUUUACAUUAACAAGCUUGCCUUGUAACUCGGGAGUUAACAUCUUGGCGAGAAAAGCACACCGGAAGGUUAAACAAUGCACCGUUGUCUUUGAAAGCAAGUUGUACAAAAGGUCUGUCCAACUGCGGGAUGAAGGCCCUGCCCUUCACUGUAAGUCGCGAGGGAUUCUUUGACCAUUACUGGACUCCACUGAUGGCCAGAGUGCAUGUGAAGCGGAGGCUCCGGAGGUUGUGCGCAGUGAUUUGUACGAACCUAGCAAACCCGAGCUUUAGAUUCACGGUCAGUGUCGGCGGCGGCGGCGGCGAGGUGAUGUUUGGACUGGCCCUGGGCGUCCACCCAGUGAAGCCACGGGGAGGCCCUUCAUCCAGCAGUGGACUGACGAAGGGCUGUACACAACAACAAGGCAUUUUAUUCGUGUUGAAUGUCAAAAUGUAAUACUGUACACAUCGAAGCAUGUUGAAAUCUGUGCUGCAUUUUAAUAGAAUCGGCAUUGCGUAUGAUUUUAUCCUCGUAUUUUAGUUGUCUCGGUUUUAAAAUGGCACGAGUAUAUCUGUAUUAUAGUCCGGCCAUCGUUCACCCCCCCCCCUCCUCGAGUUGCAUUGCUCUCACAGUUACGCGUGCGCGCACCCGCUUCUGUGACCAACACCGACGAUUGUUACCCGCCGAGUUUUUCAAAGCAUUAAAUAAAACGUUAACGUAC